ACUCUAAAACUGUAGUUAAUACUGUUCUGGAAAUGGAGGGUGUUAAAAUAUUUACAAAGAAAAAAAUGAAAAUAAUUUAGAUGAAAAAUUGUUGCCUCAAAACCACAGGGCUCAGAAAACUCAGUUAAUGCUUAGAGAGUGAUGAAUUUUUCCUCUAGGCAAAAUGGAAAUAACUUACGUUGGAGAUUGUGUCCUUGUGUUCUAAGCAGGAUUUUUAAAAAAGGCAAAGCAAGUGGCCUGCAUGGAUUUAAUGGUAUUGUGUUUAUAAUUUAGGUUGAUCAGAAUCCUGCCCACUGAUUAAAUAUGACAUUGUGCAGAUGACUGUAAUACUGUAGAGUGUGUUUCACUGCAGAAGAGGGGAAAGGGGCUCCUGUGUGGAGAUGAGAUUUCUGUCCGAGAAAUCAUUACAACCUCUAACUUAUGUCUUCCUUUAACUUCUACAUUAUCCUGAAACUGCCUCUGUGCUGGAGGCGAGGAAGGAACCGGGGGAGUUUAGGACCCAGCAGACAGUGGCAGGCAGCAGUUGUGUAGAUCACUGAGAGAGACUCAGAGGGUCCAGUCCAGUUUUAAUGCUGUCUCUAAUCUCUGCAACAGCAGUGCUUUCCCUAACAGCCCCAGCUCGGGCGUCUCUCUCGCUCUCUCCGGCCUGAGCCCCGGCAAAAACCAUGUUCUUGGCUUCCUCACAAUGGAAACCCUAGAGGGGAAAGUGGCCCCAGAUGCGCAAGCCUGAGGAUUCUUUACAAAGAGGUGCCCACAAUGAAGACCCUGGCGCGCCAUGGGCUGGCGGUGUGUUUAGUGCUCACCACCAUGUGCACCAGCUUGUUGCUCAUGUACGGCAGCAUCGGCGGCGGGGGCCAGAAGGAGCCGAACCAGCAGCAGCAGGUGGCGGCGGCGGCCAGUGGGAAGCCGGAGAGCAAGCAGCAAGGCGGCAGCCAGCAGCGCCCGAGGCUCCCUGUGGGGGCGGGGCUCCUAGAGGGCUACAUCAGUGUCGUGGACCACAAGGUAAACUGUGGUAUCCUUUCCUUCAGGCUGUGCCAAUUGUGGUGCUCAAAACCCCAGAAUGGGCUGACAGGCAACCCUUGCUUCUGGAUGUCAGACUUCCAUAUCCUUUACUUAAAGGUGAACAGACUCUGGUUUCACAAGUGGUGCCCCUCACAUAGGACACACCUUAUUGCCCAUUGUUUCUGGAAGGGGAAUUCUGGAGCCCUUCUUUGAGUGCAGGGGGGUGGAUAACUACUGGAAUCAGAGUCCUCUUUAUUGUAUCUAGAUUCUGGAGAAGAAAUAUACAAAAGAAAUAUAUUGGCAGAUAUAAAGGUUGCAUUUUGUGGUUGUAGUGGCAUUUCCCUUCAGGGAUAAAAUUUAACAAUUAUUCACAGUACUGAAAUGUCACAGGAUACAGUAUGUGUGAUUACUGACAAUAGUGGUCCAGUACUAGUUUACUACUGAAGUAAAUCACUUUAUGUCUGAGGAGAAAAUUUGCCUGAAAAGCAAGACAUUGAGCAUUGUUGAACAGUCUCAUGCAGGAAAGGUAUGGCUGCAAGCAGUUUAGUUAGGCAUACCUGUACUAGUUUCAAGCUAACUAACACAGCUGAAAAUAUCAGUGAAGAUGUGGUGGCUGAAACUUCAACAUGGGAUGUGAAGCUUGCCUGGAACCCUAGGUACAUACAUACUUAUAUAUUGCUUGCCCCUGUUGUUACAAGGUUAAAGUUAGCCUAUCUGAGCUUCACUCACAUCUCCAAUUGCAGCAUAAACAUGCCCUAGAUAUAAGUUAUCACCUACUGUGGUCAGAUUACCUACUGUAUUCUUCUUUCAUUUUAUAUACGGUCACGCAUGAUGGCCACUCAGCUUCUGAGGAUAUGGCUAACAUCUAAAUUCCUAUUCACCAUUGAAGACUGCUUUGCAUGAGCCUUUCAGCACCCAGUGUAAUUUGUACCUUUUUUUGCUUACUAGUCUUUGUAUUUGUGCAUUUCACUUUGAUUCCUUCAGCUUACAUCACAGCCAAUGUUCUCAAUUCUGCAUAUUAGAAACUGUAAAAUAUAUUUUGUUGAACUGAACUCUUUAAAAUAGUGAAAAAGUCUGGAUGGCUAUGGUGCUGGUUUGCAACAUUUCACUUUUUGCAUCUCACACCACCAGGGGUUGAAAAUCAUUGCCACCAGAUAACAGAAAAGAGCAGGACAUCUCCUUUUAGUUCCUAGUGGCCAGGUGUUUUACAUGAUAAAAACUAUCAGAAGAGGCACAGAGGCACAAAAUCUCUAUUUGUUGAUAGCUGCUGCUGAAAGGUCAAAGACUGAAGGAAAUAUCGGCCAUGUUGCUGUUCCUAGAAGCUGUUACUUCUUAGCAAGAUGAGGGCACAUUAGCAGGCCAGCCUGGAGAAUCUUUCCCUGCUUCUGUCUGUGCUGUACUUAUUCCAUGACAAAAGAGUGGACAGUAGUCUCACAGACUAUCAAAGCAGUACCUUUCAUGACUUCUAUAGUUGAUAGGGAUUUUGACAUUGUCUUCCAUAAAAGCUAGAUCAGACUGUGUCUGUCUUGUCAUCGGGCAGGGGAAUGUUACUUUUUGUUAAUUUAACAAUAAAUGGUGGCACUAAUAUUUUACCAACAGUUGCUGCAUGUGAGUAGAAGAGAAUUUAUGAAAACAGAAAGGCUAUCAAUAUUCUAAAUCUUUCAAGAAAUAAGUAUUUAACCAUCUGCUAAUUUUGAAGUGAACAUGACAACAUGACUCUGGGUAGCUGGAAGGCUUUUUACCCAGUAUUGGCUCAGUGAUGCUUAUUACCCAUAACGUGAGAGUUCUACCUCACAUGUAAUUGAAAACCACUAAGGAUUUUGCAUUUACUCCUCUCCCCCCUGCCCUCCCACCCCCCAAAAAAGUACCAUAACAAGACCAAUCUUGCAAUCAAAAUCUAUGAGUUCUUAGUCCUUUGUUGAAGCACUGGAGAAGUUGAUGACUAAACUCUUAAUUUAUAUGGAUUACAAUGAUAGAUUGAUAGACAGAUAGAUAGAUAAUGUGUCUAUUCCAUUUCAUUAUAUCACAAAAUCUUACAGCAUUUUGGAACAGAGUAGUUUGUUGCUUCGGAGAAGGUCAAGGAGAGUUGCUGCUGGUGGUGGGGGGAGGGGUGUCAAGCUUUAAGCUGAGCUGUAGUGGAGACUUUAAUGGCAUGAUGCUAGCAACAUAAAUGAAGUCUUCUACCCAUAACAGUUUCACUGAGAAGUGGAGGCUUUAUUAUGCAAUAAGCAUCUUGAUUGAGUCAUUAUGAUGUAAGAGAUCCACCGGGGGAGACUUUAUUUUGGAAUAACCUUGCCAGGGGAGAGUUUGUUAUGACAUAAAUGUCAGUAGUAUGUAAUUAUGUAUGACAGAAUUUUUUGAUUAUUUUCAUGGCACUGCCUUUGUGUUUUGAGACAGUGGCAUGAGUCUGUACUUUUACAGGCACAUUUAGUCACUAAACACUAAUAUAGUCAUUAGAUUAAAAAAGUAGAAAAAGUAUUUGUUUUUAUCUCACUUUGAGGGAGAAGAAAGAGUUCAGUUGGAUAUAGUGUUUGACUUUAACUAGACUUGGAAAAGGUUAAAUUGGGUGAAAAAAUAUACACAUAAUAGAGCAAUUUGUUUUACCAGGCUUACAUUUGGAGCUGUUUGAAAGUGUUAUAAUUAAUUGUAUGCUGACUAUCUUGUGUUUAUUUUUGUUGCUUUUGUGCUACCAGCAGUGAUCUCUAUUUUUCUCAUCUUAGCAAAUCAUAAUACUGGUUCAUUGCAUUUUGAUUAUUUUAGUUUAAAGUUUUUAGCAGCUUCUGUGUGCAGUAAGUGAUAACAUUCAAUUUGCAUUACAGAGCAUGCAACAGAGAUAGAAAAUGGUACCUUUUGCUGUAUUCCAGAUUGCAGGCAUCUUUGCACACAGCCAGCAGUUCUGGUUUGGCACUGUUGCCAUCUGUAAUCUCUCAAAGUACUGUACGCAUUACUGUUGCUGAUUAUGUAUAAGUCAGCUCAGCAUGUUAUGCAUCUACAGUUUUCACUUAAAAAUACAGGGUCAGAUUUCUGCUAUCCUUAUUGAGCUCACUUUCCAUUAACUUUAUUAGCAUUUUUGCUUGAAUAUAGACAGCAGAAUUUGGUAAUAGAAAGUAAAAGAUAGAAAGGGCUAUACUACACAAGUUGCUGUGAAGUAUAAGUCUUCAUAAAAUAAGAGUUAUGUAAUGUGGAAUCCAGCUGAUAAAGAUGCUAACUAUGGAUAAGAAGUAUAAUUACAAAGGCCAGGAAUUUAGUUAAUUGAUAAAAUACAUCAGUAAAACAUUUUUGUCAAAGUAGAAACAGAUACUCAAGACUUUUCACUUAGCUGAAGACAUUUGGUUGCUGGUCUCUUAUUUCAUUAUGCACUUAAGGUAUGGAGUUAUACGUAAACUCACCCCAUGCAGCAUGUAAAAGUUUGAACUCACAUGAAUAAUGGGAUUCUGACAACAUCCUUGGUUACUGUGACAACAGAUAUCAAAGGAAGAUUAUAAGUUCGAGUAAAUUGUCAUAGUUUCAGUGAAGUCAACGAAGGCUAUGACAAUGUACAGAAGCUGAGGAUUUGUCCCCAAGUACUUUGGAUUUUAUCAGAACUCAGGAAUGUGUGUGUGUUUUUCUUUGUUGUUGUUGUUGCUGGAUUUUGUAUAUUUUAAGAAUUUUCAUAACUAAAACUAGUUUUUAUUAAACUCAUCUCUUUGCACAGAAUUAAUCCUCGUGUUAUCUGUUUUAAUUUUUUUCUUUCAAAUAAAACCAGCCAAAGGAAACUAUUUUGGAAUUUUUUUGUAAGUCCUAAGUGUUGAUUUCAGUACAGUUAUGAACAAUAAUGGGAUAGGUGGUCAAACUGAGAUAGUUAACACAGGUUAAUUCAGCUGAUAGUGGUUAAUUUGCAU